AUGGUUCGUGAUUUGACCCUGAACGCCCCUCAGCUGGGCUACGAAACGCCUCAGAACCCUUUCGCUUCGGAUUUGGAUAACGAGAACAGGUACAGAGACUCUAACUCGUCGUUUGGAUCUCUGGAAGAAGCAAACUUUCACCUGAGUCCUCGUUCACAGUACGGAAACCGUUUUGCCUCUUCUUCGGGCUACUACUCGCAAAACGGUACUUCUGCUAACUUAUUACUGGGCCAGAGCUCUGGAGAUCAGGCUCCUGCUUUGGCUGUUUCUGCUCCACUAGAUAACGGCAUGGACCCUAUUCAAGUUCCUUCUGAAUACGAUAGGUAUCCGCUGAUGGCGGGCUCUAGAGUGGUCUCGCUGACUUCUUUGGCUUCCCAAAUGAAACAAGAGUAUUCUCCUAAUAUGGGUCUGACUCUGGACCUGGCAACGCCUGACGAAGAUGCACUGAUGAAGAGUGGAAACCCCUUCAUGACACAUGUGGACUUUUCACCUUUCGGCGGCUACCCAGCCCUGUCAUUUCCUCUUCACAUUGAUGAGAAGGAGCCUGAUGAUUACUUGCAUAACCCAGAUCCUAUUGCCGAUGCAGCCUACGACAAGAACAGGUUCUGGUACGAUUUGAAGACCAUGGAUAAACGUGCUGCUGGAGGUGCCAUUGGUGUUCUUUUCUUGCUUCUUGGAGCCAUUGUUGUCUUUGUGCUUUUGCCUGUUUUCUUCUACUCGGGCGUCACAGAACAUUACCAUCCACAGUCAUACGAAAUCUUGUCCCAGUACAAGUAUCCACUUUCUGGAGCUAUCCGUACAGACUUGGUGGACCCAGACACUCCAGAAGAUGCCUUGUUUAAGGAGAAUAACUCUGGCGAGAAAUGGAAGUUGGUCUUUUCUGAUGAGUUCAACGCUGAAGGUAGAACGUUCUACGAUGGAGACGACCAGUUCUUCCAGGCUGUGGACAUUCACUAUAGUGGUACAGAAGAUUUGGAAUGGUAUGAUCCUGACGCUGUUACCACUGCCAACGGUACUUUGAUUUCUCAGUUGGACGCUUACAAGAACCAUGACUUGUUCUACCGUUCUGGUAUGGUCCAGUCCUGGAACAAGAUGUGUUUCACCCAAGGCAUGAUCUUUAUUUCUGCCCAGCUUCCAAAUUACGGUAACAAAGGUGGUCUUUGGCCAGGUCUUUGGACUAUGGGUAACUUGGGUCGUCCUGGUUAUAGAGCAUCUACUGAAGGUGUGUGGCCAUACACUUAUGAUUCGUGUGAUGCCGGUAUCACGCCUAACCAGUCUUCUCCAGAUGGUAUUUCAUACUUGCCUGGCCAGAGAUUGAACUCUUGUACUUGUGCUGGCGAAGACCAUCCUAAUCCAGGAACUGGCCGUGGUGCACCCGAAAUCGAUAUCAUUGAAGCUGAGACUGAUACCAACGACUUGAAACUCGGUUUGGCUUCCCAGUCGUACCAGAUAGCGCCUAUGGAUAUUUGGUACAUGCCAGAUUACAAUUACAUGGAGAUCCACAACCAGGAAGUUACCAGUGCUAACGUUUAUACUGGUGGUCCGAUCCAACAGGCAGUUUCUGGAGUUACCACGUUAAACAACACCUGGUACGAGCGUGGUGACGGUGCUGGAAAGUACCAGGUUUACGGGUACGAGUACCUUAACGAUAAUGAAGAUGGUCAUUUGACAUGGUACGUUGGUGAAGAUCCAACACUUACUGUUCAUGCUAAGGCACUUGGGCCUAACGGUAACAUUGGAUGGAGAAGACUCUCCAAAGAACCCAUGGCGGUGGUGAUGAACCUUGGUAUUUCCAACUCGUGGGCAUACAUUGACUGGCCCACGAUGAUUUUCCCAGCCCAUCUUCGUGUGGACUACGUCAGAGUGUACCAGCCAGAAGACCAGAUCAACGUUACUUGUGAUCCAGACGAUUUCCCAACUUCUGAUUAUAUUGAGCUGCAUUUGGAAGCAUACAAGAACCCUAACUUGACCUUGUGGUCAGAAACCAAAUACAGCUUGCCCAAGAACAAACUUACACAUAAGUGUUAA